AGAGAGAGAGAGAGAGAGAGAGAGAGAGAGAGAGAGAGAGAGAAUUAAAGCAAAGGACAACUCAUCCUAGUACGUAAACGAAACGAUGAUACUCGAGCCAUGGAGUAGGUUGGAGGGCAAAACCGUCAUGGUCACCGGAGCAUCUUCCGGUCUAGGUUUCGAAUUCUGCCUCGACUUGGCUAAGGCGGGUUGCAGAAUUGUGGCUGCGGCACGUAGAAUCGAGAAACUCGAAUCACUUUGUCAGCAAAUCAAUAACAACAAAAUGGAAUAUUCCGAUGCCAUUAACGGUGGGGCCCGCCGAGCUAUUGCGGUGGAGCUUGAUGUCACGGCUGAUCCCACGGCCAUCGAAGAAUGUGUUCGAAAAGCUUGGGAUGCGUUUGGGCAUAUUGAUGCUUUGAUUAAUAAUGCUGGUUUUAGAGGUAAAGUAGAGUUCGGUAAAGUCUUCGCUGAAUCUGCCGUCGGAGGAAUGGAAUCAAGUGGUGAAAACAAACUUGACCGGAUCUUGGCUUGUCGCCAAAUUCGUCGGCAAACGGAUGCGCGCCGCCGCCCGUGGCGGCUCAAUCAUCAACAUCUCAUCAAUUUCCGGCCUAAAUCGAAUUCAGGUCCCCGGAGCCAUCGCAUACAGUUCCUCGAAAGCUGGCCUCCACCUCAUGACCAAGGUUAUGAUAGUAAAUAUGAUAAGACCUAA